GUCCGCUUCCCCUUCCUAUUGGGUGAAGAGCACGGCCAAACAGUUCUCGACUGGACGCCUAUGUGGCUGUGUCUACGCGGGAUGAUACUUCACAAGCCAUUCUGCGUCGAAGCUAUAGCUCCAUUCUUGACUCACAAGCUUCGUAUGCCACCUACACACCCAUCCACAGGGCAAAGAAAUGUAUCACAAGCUGUGAAGCUCUGGAAAACAUCACCUUCGACCCACUAAGUCCGGGCGCCGGCUAGGUCGGAAUAAGGUUAAGGGAGCCUCCCUUUGUAUCCUUGACCUUGUUCAGAUUCCGUCAUCUCUUUGAUAGAGGCGCUUUUUAAGCAUCUACCCUACCCGUUAUCUUUGAUGAGAAAAGUUACGCCGCCCUGCCCGCCCGCUGCGGAAAUCUAUAAGAGUCAUCCAUCCUGCUACUUCGAUAGAAGAGAAAAGAAGGGCAAAGAGGAAUCCAGCCUAUCUAAGAGAGGAUUUGCUGCCAAUAGUAGUGUGAUAUCACUGCCUCUUUCUUUUGUUUGCUGUCCUGAGAGACAAGAGUAAAACGAGGCAGCCUGCUAUAUGGAUCAGCCCCAUGCACACUCGCCAUCUUGGUGGUCACUCCACGACGCAGCCUUCUGUUCUCUUGCUUGUUUCUUAUUCCCCUAGAGGCCCUCAUAGAGCUCAAUAUCUGCCUUUGUCGACCAGUUCCUUCCGCUGAGGACGCCGAGAAGACUGCACAGUGCCUGGUUCAAAAGGGCUGCUGAACCCCUCCGUCCUCCUUUCAUACAACAACAACAUCAUCAUCAUCACAACAAACAUCUCUCUGUCUGGCUCUUCUGCUUCCAUCACUCUCAUCACCAUCAUCCACACCUGAUAAUCGUUCAAAAAGCCUUUGAAAAGGAGAAAACAGGUAAGCUAGGAUCUCAAAGUACAUGUUACUUGCGAAGUAUACACGGUUCUGACGAGGAUUCGGGACCUGCAGCACUUUUUCCACCUUACCAAGUACACCAGGUAGAACCUCCAAGAUGUACUUCAACGUGAGUACCUUCUCUAUCGUUCUCUCUGGCUCCCUGCAGCUGAAACCUGUUCUGGUCCACUGACGUCCUUGCAGGUUACCAUGAAGCCUGGUGCUCCCGAUGAAGCCCUCGCCAAGGCAAAGGAGUCGGCCAAGAAGACUGGCGGCACCAUCCGUCACGAGUACAAGCUGAUUAGAGGAUUCACUGUGGAGUACCCUAAUGACCACAACCUUGAUGAUGUCCUCAAGUCCAACGACCAUAUCCACGUUGAGCAGGAUGGCCCUGGGCCAGCUAAGAAGGUCACUACUACUUCAGCCAUCUGAAGGACGACCGAAAAUAAACAGAUGACAGGACUACCACAUUCGCUCUUCUUAUUUUCUUAUCUACCCCCUCUGUCGUAUUCCAUCCGCUCAGAUCGUUUUCUCUGUCUUCCCUUGGUAAACUGAUCGAAUGGGACAAAAAAGGCGUUAUGGUUGCGGACUUACCUUUCUUUUUUUUUUCUUUCUUCUAAUCCCCCCUUUUACUUCUUUCACCCAGAUGUU